AUGAAGAAAGUUAGUUGCUUUGUUUAAGUCUACUCUUUUGAUGCAAACGAUAAAAAUCAGGAUUGUAUUACAAGAUUAUUUGAAUUUUUAGGUUGGAAUAUCACAAAUAUGCUUAAUACGAUGUUUAGAACCUGUGACUCUUAAGUGAUUUUUGGUGGACCUAAGAGUUUUGGAAUGAAUACCUAUAUUACUAGGUUUUUUAAUGACCUUGAUCCUCAUUACAAGUUGAAAAUUGAAAUCGAGCUGUGGAUGUAGAUUUUGAUCUUUUAUAUUUAGAAUAGAUAGAUGGACUUUAGAUUCAAUAAACAUUGAAAUUGACAAUACUUUGUAAUUCUAAAAAGGUUACACUCAUUCUGGCGUAUUUCCUGAUUAUUGUGGUACUGGGAGCUUGUAGGAUGAUGAUGAUGAUUCAUCUGUCUACAAUGAUGAAUUAGAUACAAUAUCAAUCACAAUUCCUCAUGUCAAAAGAAGUGCCUGGGUACAUAUUUAUACAAAUGUGAAAACAGAUGAAGAUGUAAAAUUAUAAUGUAUAAAAGUAAUCAUGGGGCAUAAAAACAUUUAAAUUAAGUCUAGAAAAAUGUGAAUGUAUGGCUUGUUUUGGUGAUGAUUACCCCUAAUGUCUAAAAUGGCAAAAACAUACAUAAUCUUUUUCAUAAUCUUACAUCAGUGGAUCUGAUUUAUGGGAUGGUUUAGGAUUUCCUUUAACUAUUUUUCAGUCAGACUAAUGCUCUGGUUGCCAUUACUUUAAUGGAAUGAAAUUUAGAAGAUUUCUGUAUUUGCCAAAAAAUCAAUAAAUCCUUAUAAGAUUAUUUAAAUAUGACUCAAAUACUUUUCAAAUUUCAUUAAAUAAUCUUUAUUACAAAGUUAUUUACAAUUCAAUAGGGUCGAUAUAAAUUUUGAUAGAUGAUUGGAAGGGCGAAGUAUAUGAAAUUCUGCUUGAAUCCUUAUCAUCUAGUUUAUAUAUAAGGGAUAUUGAUAUUUACUAUGCAGAUCUCGAAGAAGAAAACAUAAUCUAAUUCAUGCCUGGGUGUAUGUUUUUAAUUGACUUGAUAUGUAAUUAAUGUUAUGAAGGUUGGAAGUUUAUUGCUAUUCAUUAAAUGUGUCAACCCUAUUGUGGUGAUAGAUUUAUUGUUGGAGAUGAGGAAUGCGAUGAUGGAAAUGACUUAUCGCACGAUGGAUGCUUUGAAUGUAAAUUCUAAUGCAACUAAAAUUGCCUUGUAUGCUAAUUUGGCAAAUGUGUAGAUUGUUAAACUGGUUUUGAAUUAAAUAAUGAUUAACAGUGUUUACCUAUUUGUGGAGAUGGAUUCGUAGUUCCUUAUACUUAAGAAAAAUGUGAGGAUGGUAAUAAUUUAGAAGGUGAUGGUUGUUUCAAUUGUAAUUUUGAAUGCGAUUAAACGUGUAAUACUUGUUAUUUGAAGAAAUGCUUAGAAUGUUAACCAGGGUAUCAAUUAAUCGAUAAUUAAUGUUAUUCUUUUUGUGGAGAUAAGAUCGUAAUUAAUGGUUUUGAGGAUUGUGAUGAUGGUAAUUUAAUACCAUUUGAUGGAUGUUUUGAAUGCAAAUUCUAAUGUUAAGAAAGUUGCAUCAUAUGUAUCGACGGGAAAUGUAAUGAUUAAUUAUGUGGAGAAGGAUAUAAAUUACUCUAGGGGGAAUGUUUUACAAUUUGUGGCGAUUAAUAUGUAACAUUGUAAGAAGAAUGCGAUGAUAAUAAUGAUAUUGAGUAUGAUGGCUGUCAUAAUUGUAAAUACUCAUGUACUUUGAAUUGUUUAGAUUGCUAUUAAGGAUAAUGUCUUGCGUGCGAGGAGUAAUAUGAACUCACUAAAAAUGGAUAAUGCCAAUAUAUUGCAAUUUCAUAUGAGCAGGAAACUGCUAUUAUUGAAUGCUAUGAUGGUAACGAUUUACCAAAUGAUGGGUGCUUUAAUUAAAUGGUUGAAUUGAAUUGGGUAUGUUCAGAUUAUUCAGUUGACAUACUUAGUUAGUGUACCUUUUCUGUAAAUCCAAAGUUGAUACUUACCUUCCUAAAUUAUACAUAAGAUACUUAAUUUGUACAGAUUUCAUUCAAUGAACAAGUUAUGACUACAUCUUAAAUGGUACUUACUGAUACAAUGGAAACAUGGGUAAUUGAUGUUUCAGAAGAUAAGUAACAAUUAAAUUUAACUAUUAUUAAUGAUGCAAGUGCAUAACUUUCAAAGCCAGAAUAUGUUAUUGCAAUUCAGAUAUUUUAGUUACUUGAAUUUAAGCCAGUACUCUAGAUUAAAUUAAAUUAAUAAAUUGUUAACUAACAUGGAGCUGUUGUAAUUCCUAAUGAUCAUUACAUCACUUUAAAUAUUCCUAAUUACUUGGAUGAAGUCUAAACAGUAUACUCUUUAAAGUUGAAGCAAAUUAAUAAAUCCAUCAUUUAUAUUAUUCUUGGUAUUGGAAUAAUGUCCCUGUUAUUUGGCUUAUCUGAAUUAUUUUUUUAAAUAAUUAACAUAUUGUAAUAUCAAUAAUACUUGAGAUACCUCAAUCUGGAGUUUCCUUAAAAUCUCUUGAUAUAUUUCGAAUUAGGUGAUUUGUUAUAGAGCUAAACUUUAAUGGAUUAUUUUUGUGUGCAUGACUUUUUCUAAUUUUUCUAAGUAGAUUCGAGCUUCAAGCCUUCUUAUGAAAAAUUCUAUUACUACAACCUAAAUGCUGAUCUCAUCUAGAAUAUACAGUGGUAGUUAUUUCAAUGUAUCAUUUGCUUACUUAUAAUAUCAAUUAUCCAAUUGUUGCAAAGAGUGUUCUAUUAUCACAUCUUCACUGAUUAAUUUUCUAUAAAAAUCUCUGCUGUACUCAACUGCUUAAAAAAUCAAUUUGUAAUAAAGAUUUCUUAAGGAUUAUACAAAUUAGCCAAAUGGUGCUUAAGCUUAGAAUAAGUUGCCACAUAUAAUGGGAUCAAAUAGUUAUUAUUAAUUAAUGGAUGGGAUUUGAUCUUUAAAACCUUGCUAUAUCUUCGAUCAUUAGAUUCAAUCUAAGUAAGGGAUGUUAUUUCCCUGACAUUGAGUUCGUUCAUCCUUAUAGGCUAUUUAUUUAUAAUGAUUUCUGCUUGCAAUAGAGAGAGUCUAAUUAGAAAUGGCAGACGAAAGAUGUUAUUGAUAAAAAGAUAUGAGAUUUUUAAUUUGUUAAGAUAAACUUGCUUCCUUAUUAUCUUAGUAUUUUUAUAGAGUUAAGAAAUUUUGUAGAUUAUGCUCAUAGCACUGAUAUGUGUGUUAUGUCUCAAAAUUGUUUACAAUUAUCGAAAGGUUUUUGAAUUGUCAAACUUUUUGGUUUAGUUUAUUAUUGAAGGAUCAAUAAUAUUGUUUACAUUUACAUCACUUGUAUAUGUAAAUGAUUACUCGAUGUAUAUCAACUAGGAGCUAAAAAUUAAAUUUGGUUGGUUUCACAUCAGCAUUCUCUCAUUUGGUCUUGUUGUGCAAUUAAUUAUGAUUAUUUAUGAAAGGAUUCGUUCAUUCUAUAAGAAACUCCAGCAAAAAAAAGAAAAGUCCAAAGAAAUUCAAAAAAAUUCUCAUUGUAUUUUAGUGGAAAUAAAAAACCGUGUUAUAAUUCAAACUGUAUGA